UCAGAUUUUAAAUAACGCCGUGAAGCUGUGUACAAAUACCGCAAUUAACAAUAUAUCAAUCCUCAGAGAAAAUCCAUAAAGAACUUUAGAACGGUUACAAAGUACGUGUGAAUUUUUAUCUGGACAGUCAACAAGUGGUUCUAGUAUGCGCUGAAACUCAUAAAUCGACGUUUUUUCGCACUGAGUACUAAUAAAAAGGUUAGAUUUUCGAUUUCCGUACCUUUCGAAAUGGACCACGAUGACGAUGAAGGCGUCGGAUUUAUCCGUGAAAGUCACUACCUUAAAAGCCCAACGAUCGAGCAGCAACAGGCCAUGGCCCUUCUGCAAAUACCUAGAAGGGACAAUGUUAGGGAAGGCAGCAUCUCUUCCAAUGUUAGUGAUUUGGACGUUCCUAUAUAUUCCUCGGAAAAUUUAACAACUAGACCAAAGCGAGAAGUUCCUGGGGGCUUUAAUGGAAAAUUAGCUUUCGCUAUUGCAGCCUCAGCUUUAGGGUCGUCAUUCCAACAUGGUUACAAUACGGGAGUUGUCAACAAUCCUGAAGAAAUUAUCAAGAAUUGGAUCUUCAAUACGCAAACGAAUAGGACGGGUAUACAACCAGAACAAGAAACUGUCACUUUGAUUUUUUCUAUCAUGGUAUCAAUAUUUUGCGUUGGAGGCAUGAUUGGAGGAGCUAUUACAGGUCUCAUAGCAGAUAGGUUUGGCCGUAAAGGCGGACUUCUCCUCAACAAUAUUUUCGUCAUAAUAGCUACAGUCUGUCUGGGAGCAGCUAAAUCGGCUUCCUCGUAUGAGCUUCUUAUAUUAGGCAGAUUUAUAAUUGGUAUUAAUUCUGGAUUAAAUGCUGGUUUAGCGCCCAUGUAUUUAGCAGAAAUAUCUCCAAUAAAUCUCAGAGGAGCUGUAGGAACGGUAUAUCAAUUGGUUAUAACCAUUUCCAUUCUCAUUUCACAAAUUCUUGGUCUGGGGUCUAUUCUAGGAACGGAAAAAUUGUGGCCGACGCUUCUAGCGAUAACUAUCGUCCCUGCAAUCUUCCAGAUAGUAACCUUGCCAUUCUGUCCCGAAUCUCCAAAAUACUUGCUGUCAUCUAGAGGUAAAGAGCUGGAAGCCCAGAAAGCUCUGUCAUGGUUGAGAGGUACAUUGUCAGUUCACGAAGAAAUGGACAUGAUCAAAGCUGAAUCUGAGGCUAUGAAACUGGUUCCAAAAGUAACAAUGCGUGAGUUACUCACCAACAGCGCCCUCAGGAUUCCAUUGAUUAUAUCUUUGACUGUUAUGUGUGCUCAGCAACUAUCUGGAAUUAAUGCAGUAAUGUUCUUCUCUAAGUCAAUAUUCGAAAUGUCUGGAUUAUCUGGAGAUCAGUCCUCAUAUGCUACUUUGGCAAUGGGUGGAAUCAAUGUCCUGAUGACGAUUGUUUCACUGUUCUUAGUGGAAAAGGCUGGCAGAAAAACUCUCUUACUUAUCGGCUUUGGCGGCAUGGCUAUAGAUACAGCCCUUCUUACAAUUUGUAUGAUAUUUGCGACUGGUAACCUAGCAGUCAGCGUCAUCUGCGUCAUCCUCGUCUUGGUUUAUGUAAUUAUGUUUGCCACUGGUCCAGGAUCUAUUCCGUGGUUCCUCGUUUCCGAACUCUUUAAUCAAGCUGCAAGGCCGACUGCUGCAUCAUUAGCCGUGUUUGUAAAUUGGACAGCUAACUUUUUGGUUGGACUGGCUUUCCUACCUCUUAAGGAUGCUAUGGGUUCUUACGUGUUUCUCAUUUUCGUUGUCCUGCAAGUUCUAUUCUUGAUCUUUAUCUACAAGAAAGUUCCGGAAACGAAAAAUAAAACUUUAGAAGAAAUAUCAGCCAUGUUUAGACAACAGUCUUAUCAAUAAAAGUAGAUCUUUUACCUAGUAACAGUAUUGUAAGAGAAUUUUAAAAAACGAUAUCCUCAAUCUGUAUAUAAGUGUUGCGACUGAAAACAAAGAAUAUUUAUUUUUUAUUAAUAGAUAUUAAUAUAAGCCAGUCGAUAUGUAUUUAAGCUAAAUAAUAAGGUUAUAUAAUUAGGAAAAUAAUACUUUUCAAUAAUUUAUUUUCCGCUCUCUUAAAUAUUUGCCUGAAUCUCAAAUUAAUUUUCUAAUUAUAUAACCAAAACGGGUGUUCAGACAGUUGCACCUAAAUCUAUUUUAUCAUGUAUGAGCUAUAAACAUUUUAGUUAAAAAUCUUGAUGUACCUAACAAUCAUUCUUCAUCAGUGUGACUCAAAUAUUAUAAAAUGUGUUCCAUGUUUAUGUGUAAUAUAUGUAUGCUGUUCGUCAUAUCUUGUACAGGUAAUAUUUUAAGCAAUUACUUUACCUAGUCUGAGAAUAUUAUUUCAAUAAUAUACAAGCAAAUAAUUCUAUUUUGUGUUGCUAUAUUGUUCAUGUAGUUUAGGUUUGAACAUAUUGUUUGUAUUUAUUUAAAUAAAGAGAUGUUUUUAA